AUGACUGACCAAGCCACAGCUACCCAGGCCUGCUUUGCCUGUGGAACAGGUUCACCCAACUCCCUCCUUUCCACCUCCCAGCCAUCAAAAUCGCCCUCAGUAUCCAGUUCCACAUUCUCCCUGUCCUUCAAGCUCCCCGACUCAAGGCCCUCUUCGCCCUCCCCCUCCGUCUUUUCAAACUCCUCCGACAGAACAAUGUCAAGCUCUAGCUCUCGACCAGACCGGACGCCGGCUGAGGCUGAACGAGAUUACUUCUCUGAGAACCCAGCUCCGGCCAACCUCGAAAAAUAUGCCGCCCAGGCUAAAGAGUUCAUUGACUUCCACGCGGCGGCCGGCCGUCGAGUCGUCUUGGUAACUUCUGGCGGUACCACAGUCCCUCUUGAACGGCAGACAGUCAGAUUUAUAGACAACUUCAGCGCCGGCACGAGGGGCGCGACCUCUGCAGAAUAUUUCCUUGAAAACGAUUAUGCAGUUAUAUUCCUCCAUCGGCAGUUCAGUCUGCUCCCAUACUCUCGCCACUAUAGCCAUGCAACGAACUGCUUCCUGGACUUCCUCAGCGAAGGCUCCGAUGGCAGCGUAAUCGCCAACGAAGAAUACCGCGAGAAGAUGCUCACAGUCCUCCGAAAAUACAACUCCGCCAAAAAGGAGAAUCGUCUCCUCACCCUACCAUUUACCACAAUUAACGACUACCUAUUCGUCCUCCGAGCCGUCGCGCACGACAUGCGUCCUCUCGGCCCAAAUGGACUCCUCUACCUCGCUGCGGCAGUAUCGGAUUUCUUCGUUCCCCCCGAACGCAUGGUAGAGCACAAAAUUCAAUCCACAAACGCAACCGAUCUCAAUCGGACAGCCGCCAAAGAUCCAGCCGACGACGAAGAAGUGUUUGAUAAUUUCGAUUCCUCACCCGCCGUACCGCGAAACAAGCGCCUGAUCAUCGAUCUCGACCCCGUCCCGAAGUUCCUGAAGAACCUCGUUGACGGAUGGGCGCCAGAGGGGAUGAUCGUGUCCUUCAAGCUGGAGACAGACCCCCACAUCCUGAUACAGAAAGCGCAGUACUCACUCGAUCGGUAUCAGCACCACCUCGUUAUUGGCAAUCUGCUCUCGACGCGGAAAUGGGAGGUCGUUUUCGUUGCCCCCGGCCAACCCGGGCGAUGGAUCCGCGUGCCCAGAAACAGGAGGAAGAAGAGCAUUGGCGGGAAUGAGAGGCUGGUUGGUGUUGCGGCCGAAGGUACAGAGACUAUCGAGCGGCCGCUUGAUCCCAAGGAUUUGCCUGAUGGCGAGCCCGAGGUGGAAAUCGAGAGCCUCAUCAUUCCCGCGGUUGAGGCGAUGCAUACGAGCCAUAUCAAGAAGAACCAAGAAUCGCUUAAGAGUUUACCACGAGAUGCUUCUCUGCCACCGGACCAAGCGGCCUUGUUGCAGGAAGCUGUUGCUAGUGGAUGA